AUGGGUCAGAUCGUGAGGAGGAAGAAGAAGGGGAGGCCAUCCAAGGCAGAUCUGGCUCGCCGGUCUGGCGAGUUGCCGGCGAAGUCAGUGAAGAAAGACACGGACGUGCGGAGGAGCCUCCGGCGCCGAAAUGUGAAGUACAACAUCGACUACGACGACUACUUGGACGAGGAAUACGAGGACGAGGAGGAAGAAGAGGAGGAGAGGAGGAGAGAGAAGAAGGUGAAGCUGGUGGUCAAGCUCGACGAGGGCAGAAAUGGCUCGGCGCGUGACUCCCACGCGCAUGAGACUGGCGAAGAAGAGGAGGAGGAAGAAGAGGAAGAGGAGGAGGAGGAUGGUGAGAGUGAGAGGAAGCCGUUGAAGAAGCGCCGGAUUAACGGUGGCGAUGAUUCCGAUAAAGAUGAUGAUGAUGAUGAUGAUGAUUGUGAGGAACGGGGUCGAAAAGCUGACUCUAAGCGCCAAGGUCUCCUUCCAGAAACGCCCUCUGAUCCUCAGCCUGGGAUUCCAUUGCCCGAUAAGAAAACGUUGGAGUUGAUCCUUGACAAGCUUCAAAAGAAAGACACUUAUGGCGUAUAUGCAGAACCAGUUGAUCCUGAGGAGCUUCCCGACUAUCAUGAUGUCAUCAAGCAUCCCAUGGACUUUGCCACGGUGAGAAAGCAGUUGGAGAAUGGAUCAUAUUCUACAUUGGACCAAUUUGAGGGUGAUGUCUUUUUAAUAUGUUCAAACGCAAUGCAAUACAAUUCAUCCGAUACAAUAUACUAUAAACAGGCAUGUUCUAUACAAGAGCUGGCGAGGAAAAAAUUUGAGAGGUUAAGGAUUGACUAUGAACGCUCAGAAAAGGAGCUCAAAUUAGUUCAGAAAACAAAUUCCAAUUCCUUGGUCAAGAAACAGACAAAGAAGCCUCUGUGCCGAACACUACAGGAACCUAUUGGCUCUGAUUUCUCCUCAGGUGCAACUCUUGCGACUGCUGGAGAUGUCCAGAACAGUUCCCGUCCAACACAAGGCAGUGGUUGUGAGAGACCUAGCAACAUUGAUGGACCAGUGGAGGGUAAUUCCUCCUUGAAUGAAGCUAAUAUGGAGAAGGCAGAAGAUAUGUCAUCAGGGAAGGGUCACCUAUCUAAAGUUGGGAGGAAGCCAUCUGUGGUUGAUGAGAACCGUCGUGCAACCUAUAACGUAUCUACUCAGCCAGUGAUCAGAUCAGAAUCAAUAUUUACUACUUUUGACGGUGAAAUCAAGCAGUUUGUUGCAGUUGGGCUUCAUGCAGAAUAUUCAUAUGCUAGGAGCCUUGCUCGUUUUUCUGGAAGUCUUGGACCUGUUGCUUGGAAAGUUGCGUCAAAGAGGAUUGAACAGGCACUACCUGAUGGGUGUAAAUUUGGCCGUGGUUGGGUUGGAGAAUAUGAGCCGCUUCCAACCCCAGUACUUAUGAUCGAAAAUUGUACCCAAAAUCCAUCUGUUUUGGCUUCAAAGUUCUAUUCACACCCGAACUUGAGAAAGGAUGACAGAACUCUUAGGACUUCAGUUUCUGCUAAGGUGCACCCUGUUACUGGCCCUGUUACAGAAGAGAGACAGCACUCUGUUAGUGUGCCUACUUCAGGAGGGAGACCAUCUUUUUUUGGUUCUGCUAAGGGGCAUUACACAGAAGGGAAACCAUCUGUGAUUGGUCCUGUUGGAGCAAAACCUGGCACUGCAGUUAAUGCUGUUCAUCCACAGAAGAAUCCACAAUCCCGGUUUAUAGAGCCUGAGAACAAGGUUCAAAGGGAAGUCGAGUUGAACUCUGUACCCUCAGUCAACCAAAAUAAUGCCAAUCUUGUUGCAGAAAAGCAAUUAUCAAGAAAUUUGGAGACAUCUUCCAGGUCCAGAGAUACUGUAUCAAGGAACAUGAAUCUUCCACAACCUGUACCUUUUAAGAUGCCGGAUUCUAAUGGUAUUGUUACCCGAGGUUUGCCUAAUGGGAAAGCUGCGAGUGCUUCUCUGGACAAUAGGAUGAUUAGUCCAUCUGAUAGUGCUCCUAGUCAAAGUGAAAGAACAUCGGCUUUCUUUCCUCAAGGACAGGAGCAGGGUCUUAGUGACCCAGUGCAGUUGAUGAAAAAAUUGGCCGAAAAGACUCACAAACAACAGAAAUCAUCAAAUCAAUCGUCAGUUGAUACUCAACCCGUUGUACCAUCAGUUCCAUCAGUAAGAAGAGAUGAUUCAAACAAUGCUGCAGCAGCUGCUGCCCGGGCUUGGAUGUCUAUAGGGGCUGGAGCAUUUAAACAACCCACCGAGAAUCUCACUAAAACCAAAAGUCAGAUAUCUGCAGAUUCCUUAUACAACCCAGCCCGGGAGUUUCAAUCACAACUUUCGCGAGUUCGGGGGGAGUUUCCCUUGCAAUUUCAGACUCAGAACAAUUUUUCAUUUCCAACUUUUUUACCACAACCUGUCCGUAUCGGGAAUGAGCCACAGUUCCAAAGCAGACCUACAGUUUUUCCUCAGUUGGCAGCAGCUGACUUGUCUAGAUUUCAGGUGCAGUCACCUUGGCGGGGUCUCAGUUCGCAUGCCCAGCCAAGACCAAGACAGAAACAGGAAAGUCUUCCUCCAGACUUGAAUAUUGGUUUUCAGUCCCCAGGGUCUCCGGUGAAACAGUCCUCGGGUCUUCUGGUUGACUCUCAGCAGCCAGACCUGGCUUUGCAACUCUGA